AUGUUGAUGCGAGACGCGACUCCGCUAUGGUGCCGCUGUCCUGCGCUGCUCCUAGACGAGAACCCCCAGUGCCCCCAAGACAGAGCACCCCUGCGCGGUAACGUGACAGGGUCGUCGGCUCAGUGGUUGGCGCAGGAGUUGUGGUGGCCAGGCCAGGUGCGGCGCGCUUGGGGCUUCUGGGAUGGCCUGCCAGGGCCCAGGGCCCAGGGCGCCGCGGCCGCUGCCGAGCCUGAGCCUGGAGGUGGUGUCAACAAUAAACACACUUGA